AUCGAGUUUUGCCCGGAGGUGCCAAGCUUGAUGCCACUAUGUUAGAGCUGGACAGGGGUCUUGAAGAGCCUCAGAUCCGGGUGAUCUGUAAACAGAUGCUGGAGGCUCUUCAGUAUCUCCACAGUAUGAAGAUCAUCCACAGAGACCUGAAGGCUGGAAACAUUCUGCUCACGCUGGACGGAGACAUCAAGCUAGCGGAUUUUGGAGUUUCUGCAAAAAACAGCAAAACUCUUCAGCGACGAGACUCUUUUAUCGGGACUCCAUAUUGGAUGGCUCCGGAGGUGGUGAUGUGCGAGACCAUGAAGGACGCUCCGUACGACUACAAGGCUGACAUCUGGUCCUUGGGCAUCACGCUGAUCGAGCUGGCUCAGAUAGAGCCGCCCCAUCACGAGCUCAACCCCAUGAGGGUCCUGCUGAAAAUCGCCAAGUCCGAGCCGCCCACCCUCGAGCAGCCGGCCAAGUGGUCGAUGGAAUUUAAGGAUUUCCUGAAAAAAGCUUUGGACAGAAACCCUGAGACGAGGCCGACGGCCGCUCAGCUUCUAGAACAUCCUUUCGUCAGUUCGGUGAAGACCAACCGUCCGCUGAGAGAGCUGGUGGCCGAGGCCAAAGCCGAGGUGAUGGAGGAGAUCGAGGACAAUCAAGAAGAAGCAGAAGACGAGGACCCUGCUGACCUCUCACCUGCGCCCAUCAAAGACCCUUCAGAAACCAGCGAGACCAGUUUAUAUGGCGACCAUCACCACAACGAAGCUCCGAUGGAGCUCGAGGAGGAGCCCAGGACCCCCGAGUCCACCGAAGCUCCUCCGAAAGAGCAGGACGAUCUCAGCGACAAGUUCCCAGAAGAGGACCACGACAAACCCGAGAGCGAGGCGUCAGGCAAGACCUCCAGCUCCGACUCGGGCAUCGAGGACGGGAAAAGCACCCCCACCCACGAAGAGGACCCCAAGGUCUCGGAACCAGAGCUUCCUCCUCUGAGGACGGCAGAACCUUCGGAGUCAUCGGAGUCUUCCUCGGACGCCGCGGAGCAGCCCCCGGAGAAACCGGAGGAACCGGAGAAGGAAGAAGCUCGCGGCGUGAGGGAGAUGCCCAGCCAGCGCGUGGUUCUGGACCGCGCCGAGUCCAGAGAGCCGAGCAAGCGCACGUCUGCGGCGAGCGACCGCUCCUCUCUGGCUGCCGAGGACGGCGAGAGGUUAUCCAACGGCAGGCUGUCGAAACGACUCUCGGAUGUGACGAGCGAGAACAUGGACAUCAGCCUGAACCUGUCGGGGGAUAUGUCCGUCAACAAAGACCUGGGCACCAUCUCUUUACGGGACCACAAGAAGACGCUGAAGCGCACGCGUAAGUUCCUGGUGGACGGCGUGGAGGUGAGCGUCACCACCUCCAAAAUCAUCACCGAUGACGAGAAGAAGGAUGAAGAAAUGAGGUUCCUCAGGCGCCAGGAGCUUCGAGAUCUGCGUCUGCUGCAGAAAGAACAGCAUCGAGCGCUCACUUUGCUCAACCUGAAGCUGAAAGAGCAGCGGGAGCAGAUGCAGCGCAGGGUCGACCAGGAGAUGAACGCCAAGAAGAAGUACUACGACACGGAGCUGGAGACGCUGGAGAAACAGCAGAAGCAGACCAUCGAGAGGAUGGAGACGGAGCACACCGUACGCCUGCGGGACGAGGGCAAGCGCAUCCGAGCCGAGCAAGAGAAGGCCUACAACAAGUUCCUGGACCUGAUGAAGCACCGCAAGAAAGAGGUCAAACAGGAAGUGGAGAAAAUGCCCAGGAGUCAGAGGAAAGAAAGCAUGAAGGUCAAAAUGACCAACUUCCAGCACAUGAAGUCAGAGGAGGAGGAGAAGUUCGUGGCCGGUCAGAGGGAUCAUCUAGACUCCACCCUGAAGAGCAUCAUCGCUCAGAACAAGCGGGAAAUCUCCGAGACGGAGCGGCAGUGUCUCAUCAAGAAACAGAACCUGCUCCGAGAGCGAGAGGCCACCCUCUGGGACCUGGAGGAGAAGAGCUUGCACGAGAGACACCAGCUCCUCAAGCAGCAGCUGAAGGACCAGUACUUCCUGCAGAGACACCAGCUCCUCAAGAAGCACGAGAAGGAGCAGGAGCAGAUGCAGUGCUAUAACCAGCGUAUGGUGGAGCUCCUCAAGGCCCGUCAGCACCAGGAGAAGAACAGACUCCCCAGGAUCCAGCGCAGCGAGGCCAAGACACGCAUGGCCAUGUACAAGAAGAGCCUGAGGAUCAACUCGAGCGGGAGCUCCUCAGAAGACCGUGAGAAGACCAAGCAGUUCUCAAGGCUGGAGGAGAAGAGGCAGAAGGCCGAGAGACUGCACCAGCAGCAGAAACACGAGAACCAGAUGAGAGAUAAGAUCAGCGAGUGUGAGGGAAACUCUAGAGAACUACAGCAGCUGCAGAAUGAGAAGUGUCACCUGCUGAUAGAAAACGAGACGCAGCGUCUGAAGUCUCUGGACGAGCAGCACAACCAGCAGCUGAAGGACUGGAGAGAACGGCUGAAGCCCAGGAAGAAGGUUCUGGAGGAAGAGCUGACUCUGAGGAAGAAAGAGCAGGAGCUUUUCUUCAGGAUGAGUGAAGAGUCCGAGUGUCAGAACGUGUCUUCUCCAAACAAGCUCACCAAGUUCCUGCCGUACGUCGACUCGUCCACCACAUGAUCCCGACACACACACACACACACACACACACACACACACACACACACACACACACACACACACACACACACACACACAGUACUGGUUUGAUUCUGGUGAGUUAGAAAGCUUCGCCUUUGCUUUAUUUAAAAGCUACUGUUGCUAUUUUAUCUUCAACUGAG